AUGCGUGCUCCCAACAGUAUCACCCGAGCAGGCGUGGCCUUGGGGUCUGUGAUUUUGAUCCUCACACCGACUGGCUCUAGCAGCAAUACAAUCGACCUCUCUUCCCAGAAAUGGACACUAUCCAACAGGGCAUACAAUAUCUCCGUCGCGGGCAACGUCCCAUCCCACGUGCACCUAGAUCUGCAAGCCGCCCAGGUUAUUGCCGACCCCUACUACGGAUUGAAUGAUUUCAACCAGCGGUGGGUGGCAUGGGCAAAUUGGAAUUAUACGACUACAAUCCCGAGGGACCAGCUUGAUCCCGCUGCUGGAAGCAAUGCCACCACAUACCUGCUCUUUAACGGCCUGGACACUAUUGCCGAUAUCUGGCUGUGCGGUCAAAAGGUCGCUAGCACAGAUAACCAGUUCCGACAGUACUAUUUCGACGUAUCUGCCAUCCUCCAGUCCUGCUCGGCUGUGGCGGGCUCCUCGGAGCUAUUGGUUCAGUUUUUCAGCGCGCCGGGGACCGCGGCCUACCUCGCCUCGCAACCAGGCGCUGAAACAUGGCCCUGGGGAGUCGAGGGCUUGUUCGAAUUCCCUCAUCGCCCGUUCAUCCGCAAGGAGCAGUCUGACUUCGGGUGGGACUGGGGCCCUGCGUUUGCACCGGCGGGAAUAUGGCAGAAGGCUUGGCUCGUCCAACUACAGGGGGAAGAUUUGAGCGUGAGAAACUCGAUUUUCGAUAUCUAUCGCGUGGGCCAGCUACCCAACCUUCCUCCGGACCAAGGGGCAGACUGGGUAUUAAAUGCCAGCAUUGACGUGUUGGGAACGGUACCAGAGGGAGCAAAGUUGAGAUACUCGGUCAUUGAUCUGGUGACAAAUGACACAGUGAGCAACGGGGAGCUUACAAACGUCACCAACGGAGGAGACGUUAUUACUGGGCAGGCUGUAUUGAGUGGCACUGACUACAAGCUCUGGUGGCCGUCCGGCCUGGGUCCCCAGGAUCUGUACAACAUCAGUGUUGAGAUUGUCUCUGCCUCGGGUUCGGAGCUGGCCUCAGUCAACAAGCGAACAGGCUUCAGGACUAUAGUCCUCAAUUUGGGCGAGAUCACCCAAGAUCAACUCGAUCGGGGUAUCGCACCGGGUAACAACUGGCACUUUGAGAUCAACGGCCACGAGUUCUACGCCAAAGGAAGCAACUUCAUCCCACCAGAUGCCUUCUGGCCGCGAGUAACGCCACAGCGAAUCCAACAGCUCUUCUCAGCCGUCAUUUCGGGGAAUCAGAACUUGCUCCGGGUCUGGGCCUCCGGCGCCUACUCGCCUGAUUUUAUGUAUGACCUUGCGGACGAGAUGGGGAUUCUUCUGUGGAGCGAGUUCGAGUUUGGCGACGCUCUGUACCCAGUGGAUCCAGCCUUUCUCGAAAACUCAAGGCAAGAAGCCGUCUAUCAGGUACGACGAGUCAACCAUCAUCCAUCUCUGGCACUCUGGGCGGGAGGCAAUGAGCUCGAGAACCUUGAAUUACCUGAGGUGUUGGAGGCCGCCCCGGAUGAGUACGACCGAUAUCUGCACGAAUAUGAAACGCUCUUCAUCAAUACCCUCCUGCCGGCAGUCUAUGGAAAUUCGCGGAGUAUUACAUAUAUCCCAUCAAGCACAACCAACGGAUACCUCUCCCUCAAUUUCAGCAACCCCAUCCCAAUCGUGCAGCGGUACGACAACGCCACGCCCGGGAGCAUAUACGGCGACACCGACCACUAUAAUUAUCAUGCAGCAGUAGCGUUCAAUAUAUCGACUUACCCAAAAGGCCGCUUCGCCAAUGAGUUCGGCUUCCACAGCAUGGCGUCCGUGGACUCCUGGCUCCCUGUCCUGCCGCCGGAUGAGCUGCACUUCAAUUCGUCCACAAUUCAGCUCCGCAACCACCACUACCCUUCUGGAGGGCUCAACACGUCCAAUUUUGCCAACAGCACGAAGGGUAUGGGAGAAAUGACCAUUGCUGCGGAUAUGUACUACCCCGUCCCGGACAAGACAGCGCCCCUGGCGAAUUUCUCCAGCUGGAUCCACACAACUCAGAUCUUCCAGGCGGACUAUUACAAGAGCCAGAUCCAAUACUACCGUGCCGGGAGCGGGCUGCCGGAGAGGCAGUUAGGCAGCCUAUACUGGCAGCUUGAAGAUAUUUGGCAGGCCCCGACAUGGGCUGGAAUUGAAUACGACGGGAGAUGGAAGGUCCUUCACUAUGUCGCCAAGGACAUUUUCAAGAAUGUCAUUAUUGCACCAGUGUGGAAUGUGAGCAGCGGGAUUUUGAAUGUGUACGCUGUCAGUGACCUCUGGACAGAGGUGCAUGGGAGUGUUAGCAUGGCUUGGCUAGACUGGGCCGGGGACGAGGUCAAUAGCCCGGGCACGACCGAAUUCACCAUCGGCCCGCUCAACAGCACCCUUCUGGCAACCACUGACAUCAGCAGCAUUUUUGGUAAUGGCUCUCAGAAUGGCACGGAUGCCGUCUUUGUGGCGAACCUCACCGCCACUGGGACACUUCCCAAUACCAACGCCACCAAGACCUUCACCCAUACGAACUACUGGACGCCGACCCCUCUGGCUCGCGCGGCACUUAAAGACCCGGGAGUGAAAGUCAGCUACGAUAGCCAGGCCGAUCAGUUCACCGUCACCGCGACAAGCGGGAACAGCGCGUGGACCUGGCUUGCUCUGGACCCCGACGACUCCCCGGACACGAUCGUCGCUUUUGACGACAACGGGUUCUUCUUGCGGCGAGGCGAAAGCAAGACAGUCGGGUACGGGGUCAUUGGCGGGAGCCAGACAGCGGGUGAUUGGGUCAACAGGGUGACCGUGGAAAGUGUUUGGAACAACACCCUGGCGGACUAG